AUGUCGAAUCUCAAUUUCCCUUACUCGAGCGCCCCUGUGCGCACUGUCGAGGAAAUUCAGUUCGGUCUCUUCUCCGCGAAAGAGUCCGAACGCCUCGCAGUCAUCGACAUCGAAUAUCCUGAGACGAUGGAUGAGCAACGCCUCAAACCUCGAGAGAAAGGCCCUAAUGAUCCUCACCUAGGGACAAUCGACCGCAAUUUCAAAUGCAGUACUUGUGAAGAGAACAUGCAAGAGUGUCCGGGGCACUUUGGAGUUAUCAAGCUUGCUACUCCCGUUUAUCACUAUGGUUUCAUGGGCAAGGUCAAAAAAAUCUUGGAAACUGUCUGCCACAACUGUGGCAAAAUCAAAGCUCUUGAUUCCGAAGAAUUGAAACACGCCUUCAAGAUACGUGAUCGCAAGCGCCGUUUCGACGCAGUUUGGCGUUUGAGCAAACCUCGAUUGAUUUGCGAAGCCGAUCCACCCGAGGAUGCUGAUCAGCAAAUGAUGAAAGGACCUCCCCAGAUCAAGCAUGGUGGUUGCGGCAAUGCCCAGCCUGAUAUUCGAAGAACUGGUUUGCAACUUUGGGCAAGCUGGAAGCCUCGCAAGGGUGAAGAUGAAGAGGAUACGACACCCGAAAAGAAACGAAUCUUCCCAACUGAAGUGUUGCGUACUUUCCGUACCCUCACCGACGAAACCCUCGAGCUGAUGGGUCUCAAUCUUGAAUAUGCUCGGCCCGAGUGGAUGAUCCUGUCUGCACUCCCCGUUCCUCCCCCUCCAGUCCGUCCCAGUAUCAGUGUGGAUGGUAGUGGCCAGGGUCAGCGUGGUGAAGACGACUUGACCUUCAAACUCGGUGACAUUAUCCGUGCUAAUCAAGCUGUUCUGCGAACCGAAGUUGAUGGAACACCUGACCAUAUCAAAGUUGAUCUGCAGGAUCUUCUACAAUAUCAUAUCGCCACUUACAUGGACAAUGAAAUUGCUGGACUGGAUAAAGCUCAGCAUAAGAGUGGAAGACCCAUCAAGUCUAUUCGUGCUCGACUGAAGGGCAAGGAGGGAAGACUGCGCCAGAACCUUAUGGGAAAGCGUGUUGAUUUCUCUGCACGUACAGUCAUCACGGGUGAUCCAAAUCUGUCACUCGAUGAAGUUGGUGUCCCUCGGACCAUCGCUCGCAUGUUGACAUACCCAGAAACAGUCACACGUUUCAACGUUGAUUUCCUCAAAUCCCUUGUCGCCAGAGGUCCUGAAAAUCACCCUGGUGCUCGAUAUGUGAUUCGAGAUACUGGAGAGCGCAUUGAUCUACGCCAUCAUAAGAGCAAGGGAGAUUUGACAUUGGCAUAUGGCUGGAAGGUCGAAAGACACAUCCGAGAUGGUGAUGUCAUUCUCUUCAACCGUCAACCAUCUCUGCACAAGGAAUCAAUGAUGGCGCACCGCGUGCGCGUGAUGCCGUAUUCGACAUUCAGACUCAACCUCUCGGUCACUACACCUUACAACGCCGAUUUUGAUGGCGACGAGAUGAAUUUGCAUGUACCUCAGAGCGAAGAGUCUCGAGCUGAAUUGGCCAAUCUUUGCAUGGUUCCGCUUAACAUUGUCUCACCUCAACGAAACGGUCCUCUCAUGGGCAUUGUCCAAGAUACACUGUGCGGAAUCUACAAGAUCUGUCGACGUGACGUCUUCCUCAGUCGUGAUCAAGUCAUGAACAUCAUGCUGUGGGUGCCAGAUUGGGAUGGAGUCAUUCCUCAACCUGCCGUCAUUAAGCCUAGACCCCGCUGGACGGGCAAGCAAAUGAUCAGUAUGAUCUUGAACAAGCAGCUCAAUCUGGAACGAUUGGAUGCCAAGGGUGAAGAUCCUUAUGUGCCAUCUAAUGAUACCGGACUUAUGGUUCUCGAGGGCAACUUGAUGUUUGGUAUUUUCAGCAAAAAGUUUGUGGGAACGAGCGCUGGAGGUAUCAUUCACACAAUCUUCAAUGAAUUUGGGCACGAUGCAGCAAUGGCCUUUUUCAACGGCGCGCAAACCGUCGUAAAUUACUGGCUGCUCCAUAAUAGCUUCAGCAUCGGUAUUGGUGACACAGUACCAGAUGAGGUUACGGUCGAAAAAAUUCAGUACGCCGUCGACUCGCGAAAGCAAGAAGUUGAGGAGAUUGCACAAAAGGCAUACAACGAAGACCUUGAGCCUGCCCCAGGUAUGAACGUGCGUCAAACAUUUGAAAGCAAAGUCAUGAACGCACUCAAUCAAGCUCGUGAUCAAGCAGGUGCUGCGACUGAAGACAGCUUGAGAGAUCUCAACAACGCCAUCACCAUGGCUCGUGCUGGUUCUAAAGGUUCAACUAUCAAUAUCGCUCAGAUGACAGCUAUCGUCGGCCAACAGGCUGUCGAAGGCAAACGUAUUCCUUUCGGCUUCAAGUAUCGCACCUUGCCACAUUUCGCAAAGGAUGAUUACUCUGCUCCUUCAAGAGGUUUCGUUGAGAAUUCAUACCUGAGAGGCUUGACCCCCACAGAAUUCUUCUUCCACGCAAUGGCCGGUCGUGAAGGUCUGAUUGAUACCGCUGUCAAGACUGCAGAGACUGGCUACAUUCAACGUCGUCUUGUCAAGGCUCUUGAAGAAGUCACCGUCAAAUAUGACGGAACCAUCCGAGACAGUCGUGGCAACAUUGUACAGUUCAUCUACGGUGAAGAUGGUCUAGAUGGCGCCCAUAUCGAAAACCAAAAGGUUGAUAUCAUCACGAUGUCAGAUAAAGCUUUCAAUAAUCGGUUUGCUGUUGAUGUCAUGAGUGGCGAUGUUUCUCUUUGGCGAGGCAAACUUCUCCAAGCGAGAGAAAUCCAAGGUGACACAGAAUUGCAAGAAAUGUUCGAUGAAGAAUUAGAAGCCCUUCAGACAUCCCGAGACUUCUUGCGGAAGAUGGGCAAAGGAACUGAAGACUCGAUGCAGCUGCCCAUGAACGUGGCACGUAUCAUCGACCAGGCACAAAAGAACUUCAAGAUUCGUCGUGGUGACAAGACUGAUCUUGAUCCACGCUACGCUUUGAACGCGGUGAAGCAACUGCUUGAGCGUUUGGUUGUUGUCCGUGGUGAUGAUCCCCUCUCUGUGGAGGCCCAAUCCAACGCGACUCUUCUUUUGAAAGCUCAGCUUCGAUCUCGAUUGGCAUUCAAACGCCUGGUGCUGGAGCAUGGAUUGAACAGACUGGCUUUUGACAACAUCAUUGGUGGAGUUGAAAGUCGAUUUAUUGCUGCCGCUGCCAAUCCUGGCGAGAUGGUUGGUGUCUUGGCUGCACAAUCGAUUGGCGAACCUGCUACUCAGAUGACCCUUAACACUUUCCAUUUCACCGGUGUGUCUGCCAAGAACGUUACUUUGGGUGUUCCGCGUCUGAAGGAGAUCUUGAACGUCUCACAGACCAUCAGAACCCCUUCCAUGACUGUCUAUCAACUUCCUGAGAACGUUGGCGAUAAGGAGGCCGCCAAACUACUUCGAAGCCGUGUCCAGCAUACCAAUCUUCGUUCCGUUGCGGAGACGUGUGAGCUUUGGUAUGAUCCUGACAUCCAGAGCACGAUCAUCCCGGAGGAUCUGGACAUGGUUGAAUCAUACUUUAUCAUUCCAGAAGACAGUGAUCAAGAUCUUGCUGCCCACUCAAAGUGGCUUCUUCGUAUCACUCUCAGUCGUGCAAAGCUUCUCGACAAGGGUUUGAAUAUCCAAGAUGUCUCUGCGAAGAUCAAGUCCACGUAUGGCAAGGACUUGUCUGUCAUCUUUAGUGACAUCAACGCUGAUGAACAAAUCAUUCGAGUUCGACUUGUUCAGAACUAUGGCAAGGACGAGGAUGACGAACGAAAAGAAGAUGAUGAGGUCCUCCGCCGUUUCCUGAACGAAAUGUUAGAUCACCUGACCUUCCACGGUGUCCCUGGUGUAUCGAGAGCCUUCAUUGAUCAAAAGUCUCGGGCAAUCAUUGCAGAGGACAAUUCAGUCUUCAUGGCAAAGAGUGAUCCUCGAUGCAACGAGUAUGUUUUGGAGACUAGUGGUAGCUCGUUCGCAAAGGUACUCACUAUUGAGGGAGUUGAUACCAGUCGCACCUACACCAACCGAUUCACCGAAGUCUUCGAGGUUCUCGGUAUCGAGGCAACCAGAGCUGCCAUUAUGCGUGAGCUGACACAAGUCCUGUCCUUCGAUGGUUCUUAUGUGAAUGCUCGCCAUUUGUGUAUUCUUUGUGAUGUCAUGACGGCACGUGGUUAUGUUAUGGCUGUCACUCGUCAUGGCAUCAACAAGUCUGAUACCGGAGCUCUAAUGCGAUGCUCAUUCGAACAGACAGUGGAGAUUCUAUUGGAAGCUGCAGCUGCAGGCGAAUUGGACGAUUGUCGAGGUGUCUCAGAGAACUUGAUCUUAGGUCAAGUAGCUCCCGUUGGCACAGGCACCAUGGAAAUUCUGCUUGACCCAGUGCUACUCGAGACAGUACCCAUCAACAAUGCCAACAACGCUCCUAUUGGCGUCAAAGGAUCUCAACAACUUCUCGAGGGUGCGUCUACUCCAUAUGAUUCAGGUUCACCUAUGCAGGACACCAAUUAUUUGGGCUCUCCGGAUUACGGCGCUUCUUUCUCUCCCAUUGCUGCAUCAGGCUCAGACGAAGCGGGAGGUUUCUCGGAAUUCCAUCCCGGGUUCAGUGGUGGAAUCAGUCCCUACUCGGCUCGAAGCCCUGGAGGAUACUCGCCUGGCAGUCCAUUCGGUGGCACCAGCCCAAGCUCCCCCGGCUUCUCACCCACUGCCGGUUACUCUCCUACUUCACCGAUGUUUGGCGCAACGAGUCCUGGUUUUGGUCCAACCUCACCAUCGUUCAGCCCAGCCAGCCCGGCUUUCACUCCGACGUCUCCUGCUUAUUCCCCGACGUCGCCGGCACAGAAUUCACCAACGUCUCCUAGCUAUUCGCCAACAUCUCCGAGCUACUCGCCAACCUCUCCUGCUUAUGGAGGUUCACCAACGUCGCCGAGCUACUCACCUACCUCGCCUGCGUUCAGUCCUACGUCGCCCAAUUCACCCACGUCGCCAGUGUACAGCCCGACCUCUCCAAUGUACAGUCCCACCAGUCCAAUGUACGGUGGCAGUGGUAGCAAACAGUCUCCGGUGUCGCCUAGUUAUUCUCCAACAUCACCGACGUACAGCCCAACUAGUCCCACGUCCCCCACAAGCCCAUCUUACUCACCUACGAGUCCAAUGUAUAACGCUUCACCACGCAGCCCUCAAACCAGAGCUGCGACCAUUACUAGCCCUCAAUAUUCUCCCAACAGUCCUCAGUACUCGCCAACCUCACCUAAGGAGGACUAA